AUGAACAUCCCCUCCCCUCCCUUCCACCCCCUCCAAUUCAUCCCCCCCACCCAAGAACCCACCAUCCUAACCCACCCAAUCACCCACCUCCUCAUAACCGCCCACGAACCCCUCCCCCGCGGCGGCAACCACUGGUGCAUCUACCUCAGCACCACCACGCCCACCACCUCCAUACAAAUCGACAUGACACCUUCCUACACCGUCCCAGGAACCACCAACCCCACCGGCAGCAAAGGCAUCAUGAUCAUCAGCACCCAACCCUACACCACACCUCCGCGCGCAACAAAAGCCUUCCGAAUCGAUAUCCACCCGGGAUAUAAAGUCAAAGACUUGGUGGACUUGUUGACCAGUGAAGGGAGACAUCAAUAUGAGUUUACUUCUGAGGGCGAGGGGUGUAGGUUCUGGGUGGAUCAGGUGGUCGAGUUGAUUGCGGAGAAAGGGUGGGUGGUUGAUGAUAAGCAGGUGGGGGAUGCUAGGGAGGGGAUUUUGAUCAAGUGGCCGGCUGGUGGGAGGUAUGGGCUUGUGGUGGGGAGGUAUUAUGAUUGA